AUGCCUGCUGGGAUUCACCACAUGAGUGGCGCAUCUGGACAAGGCCUCCUCCAGGACCGUCCAAAGCUUACAGCCUUGAUGACAGGAACCCUCCUGGCCACGCCUGUCUUGUUGGACCCGGCGGCGGCGGCGGCGGCGAAGGAGGCGGAGGCGUCGUCGGGGGCGCCGUCCGGGGGGCCGGAGGAGCCGCCGGUGCAGCUGAACGUGGGCGGCUGGGCCUUCGCGGUGCCGCGGGGCAAGCUGGCGCAGUUCCCGGAGUCGCUGCUGGGCCAGGCGGCGGCGGGGUCGGCGGGGCAGCGGCUGUUCCUGGACCGCGACGGCUACGCCUUCCGCCACGUCCACUACUUCCUGCACACGGCGCGGCUGUCGGGCGGCAGCGGGCUGGAGCUGCCGCUCCUCUACGAGCAGGCCGGGCUGCUGCGCCUGGCGCCGCUGCUGCAGAGCCUGGACAACCUGAAGGAGGGCAAGCACAACCUGCGCGUCCGCCCCGCCGACAUCCCCAUCGCCGAGCGCGCCUCGCUCAACUACUGGCGGACGCGCAAGUGCAUCAGCAAGCCCUGCGCUGCCUCCGCCGCCGCCGCCGAGUGCGCGCUCAAGAGCCCCGCCUGCUCCGGGUCUCCGGAGAAGGCGCCGCUGGGGCUGAUGGACACGCCGCUGCUGGACACGGAGGACGAGGUGCCCUACUGCUUCCUGCCGCUGCGCCUGGUGGAGGAGUUCCCGGCGCUGGUCACCGACGACAACCUGCUCUGGCUGGCCGACGCCGCGGCGCUGAUCGAGUGCGAGAGCGGCGAGUUCCGCUUCAUCGCUAAUUUUCUUCGCUCAGAGAAGAUUCUUUUGCCUGAUAACUUCUCCAGCUUGGAUGCACUGGAAGCUGAAGCAGAAGCUUUGGGCAUUCCCAAGGUCAUAGAAGCCGUGAAGAUCUUCAGGAAUAACCCAGGCUCAUGUUCCAAUGAAGCCUCUAAGUCUCAAGGCUGUCAGAGGAGCACGGCGGCACAGCAGCAGAGAGUUCAGGACCCAUCAGUCCUCCUCCCUUUGUACCCAAUGGUGCUGGGUCUCCUAGUCAAGUACCCUGACUCUGCUCUGGGGCAGCUCCACAUGGAGAGCACCCUGGAUGGGAAUAAGCUCUACAUAUCAGGGAACGGAGUUCUUUUUCAGCAUGUCAUGAAUUGGUUAGGAACUUGCAGACUUCCACUUACACGAAAUACAUCUGAACUUCCACACCUUUGCAUGUAUUUGGAUCAAAUGGAUCUCAUCUAUGAGCCAAUGAAGGACGCUUUAAAAAGAUUUCUAAAUCCGAAGACGCCCACAGAUUCCCUGGUAAAAAAUGCAGAGUGGGCAGCAGAAAUAACAGCCUUUUCCCUCCAUCAUAUUGUCAAAGUCUAUGUAGGAAGCCACUGGUAUGCCACCUAUUUGCACACGUUAUUAAAGUUUCCAGAGUUGUUGUCAAAUUGCAAAAAAGUAUAUUGGAUUGCUUAUGGCCAGAGUCUCCUCAUUCAUGGAGAUGGAAAAAUGUUUCGACAUGUUCUCAACUUCUUAAGACUUGGCAAGUUGUAUUUACCAUCUGAAUUUAAGGAAUGGUCACUUUUGUGCCAGGAAGUGAUAGAGUACCAGAUCCCUUCUCUGCUGGAGGCUCUGGCUCAGUGUGACAUGUACAGAUUAUGGGUACAACAGCAAGAAGUUCAACAUGUAGCUUAUCCCGUUAGAAACCUGGAGUCUCCAAUAUCAGAGAAGGAUACUGGUUCCAAUGAAGUCCUUCAAGAUCAUCUGCAUUUUGCUGUGGAUUUAGAUCAGUGUGCCAAUAACUGGAAUAUAGCUAGAGAACCACAAUCCGUUGAAGGGAGUGAUAGAGAGAACACCAAGUACACCAGCAUUUCCCCCAUUAAGGGAGCAAAGCGAAAACAUCCCUGGGAAACAUCCAACUCCUCCGAUGACUGGGGAAACUCCUGCCUUUUCCGACAGGAAGGAAGCCCCCCCAAGAAAAGAGGAGCUAAAGGCAGCUUUACCAAAUCCCUGGAGAACAGUGACCCCCCCAUUCAGAAGCUCAUUUCUCUGGUGCAAGGCUGGGAUAUGGCUCACUGCAGAUGCUGUGGGGCUCCCCAGGGACCAGGAUCUGGCGAAGACUCUAAAUGGAGAGCAUUGUCUGUGAGGCCCCCCGCUGCCAGCUGCUCCAGGACCUCCAGUUCUGAGCUCUCUAGUAAUGAGGUGGACAUACAAGGAGCACCAAGAGCACCAGGAAAUCUGUCCAAGGCUGGACUGUGCAAGCAGGGUCCCCUGCCUCCCCAGGGCUGGCUGGCAAAGGCAGAUGAGCCAAGCAAUUUGGAGGAACAGAGUGGCCAGAAAGAGAAGGGAACAGCCCUUGAAGAAACAGCUCCUUGCCAAGCCCUUGAUAUGAGGGGCUUGAUUCUUAAGGUUGAGCACCCUCCCGUUGUGCCGGGUGAUGGCUCCUGUGUUUUCCAUGAAGGCAGCAUUCUCUACAGCAUGGGCGCCGAAGAGCUUACUCUGGCCUGUGCCUUGGCACCCCCAGUGGACAAAGAUGUCGUUUUUCUGAGCUUCCCUUUAACUCAAGAAGAAAUUUUUUAUGCCCAGAAGUGCCACGGUUUCCUCACGGAUGUCAUCUUGGAUUCUAUAAGACAGAAGGAUCCCAAAGAAACCACUGCCAAAGUAGAGCUCCUGGUCCGGAGGUUGUGGCGCCUGCAGAUCACGGCGAAGGAGUUUGUGGCUGAGCUCCUGAAUUCAGCACCCUUUCAAGCUGAUGGCUAUUCUUAUGAGAAGUUGCUGAAGUGGAUUGAAUUCACCCUGCCUUUUGCCUGGAAAUACAGCUGCUGCAUUAACUUGCUUAUUAAAAAAGGAUACUUUAAAUCACUCUCACAUUUUGUUAUUGGAAAAUAUUUACAGAACCCUUAAUAAAACUGAAGUCUUU